AUGACAUCGCCGCCGCUGUCCCUGAAGAGGGCCUUGCUUCUCUCGGCCUUCUUCGCGCUCCGCGUCCUGGCGCAGGACGAUGAUGGCAAGAGCCAGACAUCAGUUGCCGCUGCGCCGACGACUAGUCAGAGACAAAACAACCCACCGCAAGCGACUACGAGUGCCAACAAUGAUAACAACAAUAACCCACCCACAACUACGAUUGUUCAGCCUCCUCCCGUGCGGACUACGACAACACCAGCCCCCCCAGCUCAGACAUCGGAGACGAAAGAUGAGCCGGAGACAUCGACCACGUCGGAGAGGUUGAACCUUCCGGCAUUGACUACGAGCACGUCGUCGACCACUUACAGUCGUCUUACUGACAUGCCAACGCUCUCCCGAACGGUCAACACCGAGAUCCCCACGUAUCCCCCUCCCACCAUUCCGCCGACGAAGAAUGCACCUUUCAUGAAUCAUUCAACUCUCCCUGACGGCACCGUUUUCAUCGCAGUCGGCGCAAUCCUGGGCGGUUUUGGUCUAGCCGUGCUGGCAUGGCGUGCUAUGGUCGCCUUCAUGCUCCGGCGCUCUAUCAAGGAGGCUGCCCGCGCGCAGUAUGCCGCCAACAACGGUCACGGCAAGGGCAUGGACAAGAACGCCGCCUCCUUCCCUGCUCCCCCGGCCCAAUUUUACAAGUACCUUGAGCGCGAAUCCUCCCACUCUCUCGCCGGCGGCCCCGGCGCUGGCAGCUCGAGCAACGGCGCAGGAAUCGGUGUCCGCCGUACCAAUCGCGGAGCUACCCCCUCCGCGACCCCAAGCCAGACAAACCUCUUUUUCUCCCCGACCGCAGCCGGCUCCUCCGCCGCGGGCGUCACUGCCAAUCGCGACUCUCGCUUCCUGCCGUCUGGUUUCUACGCCUCUCCUGCGUCGCCCAUCGCCAACCAAUUCGGCAGCGCCGGUGGCGGCGGUGGCGGCCACCAUAGCGGCAACUCGAUCAGUAUGUCCACUUUGCGUCCAUCGUCCCGUGGUCGCGCGGGUGUCUCAGCUGUCUCGCCCCCCGACUCGCCCGACGUCGGCCCGCGCGUCGUCUCUCGCAACUAUAGCACCAGCUCGCUCAACCUCAAUCGGCCCCCUAGUCCGGGAGGGCGGGCGCCCAGCGCGUAUUUGGAUGAUUUGUUGGACGAGCAGCCGGGCAUGUUCCCGCCUGCGGGGGGCGUUGCCGGUCCGUCAUCGGCAGGGCAGAGGCCCGGGGGUGGGAGUCAGAGGAGUAGGUAUUGA